CAUGUCGCUCCCUGCCACUUUCGUGGAGCUCCAAACCACGUACAGGUUCGACGAGGCCAUCGCGAAGUUUCUCACUGAUCCUGAACCUGCAGGGCUUGGCCUGGAGACCAUGGAUGACUUUGCGGCCUUGUUCACUUCCGAGACCGAGGUCCAGAACGUGCUCAACAGGAUCGAAUCCGUUCGAGAGUCGUCGCGCCAAUUAUCUAGGCUUCGCCAAGCGUGGCGGGGCGUCAAGAACCUUCUUUCCGAGCAGCUCGCCACCGCCCGGAAAGGCACGGACAACGACGACUUGGACAAGUUCCUUGACCAGCCGACGCUGGAUGACCUCGCCAAGGUGUUCUGGAAGCGCUACCGGAACUCAUGGCCUCCAGACGUGAUGCCCAGUGACCAGAUGAUCAGCCGCAUCUACCGGGAGCUCGCUGCUCGCCUGCUCUCCGUGCGCGACGCGUGGAAGACCAAGUGCCUCGCCGACCAACUCCGCUCUUCGAGAAAAUGCAUCCCAUUGCCCGAGGGCGCUGAGCUCAAGCUGCCUGAGGACAAGGGCGAAGAGCGCGGGGCCCACAACUACAAGGCCUACAUGUCCCUCCUCUGGACGCUGCUUCUCGCCUAUGCCAUGGUGGGCGCCUGGCCUCGCGAUCCGCCGCCUGGAAGCAGGCCGGUCGCAGAGGACCCCGUCGACGACAGCGUCCUCUUCGUGGAGUGCCCCCUUGACGUCCUCGAGAGCUACUGGCGGCGUGCCGAUCGGAAUGCUCGCAAGGUCCCCUAGUAGCUCCGGCUUACCUGGGUCGCCAAGCGGGACGUCGACGAGAGAACCACAUGGGUUGAGCGGUACAGAGCUUCCAAAAAAACACCCUCGGGGUCACCAUCAAGACCGUCUUCGUGGAGCGCGAGGCUUGUUGGGAGCCGCCUGCGAGGGAGCCUUCGCGUGGACGCUCGCGCUCCCGCUCUCGUCGCGGUGACGGUCGCCGCGGCGAUGGCCGCGAUCGUGCCGAUGCUGGAGGGCGCGAUGCUGCUCGGGACCAAGGGCGCCGAGCUGGAGGCAAGAUCAGAUUCUGCGAGAAGUUCAAGGGCCAGCGCCUCUGCAAGGAUUGGAACGUCUCUGGCUGCCCGGUCCCAUGCAAGGAUGGCCGGCUCCACGCCUGCGACGCCAUGACCAAGUCGGGCGGCGCCUGCGGCGGAAAUCACAAGCGCCCGAAUUGCCCG